UAUAACUGUACUGUGUGUCUGGGUCAGGGGGCGGGCCAGCAAGUUUGUAGUAUACUCUGUAUAUCGGACAGGUGUAUCCCAUUCCGAGUCGACGAGUUCUCGCGUGCACCUUCGCGAUCGCGGACAGGCCGCAGUUGCCGCAAUCGCAACCGUAAUCGCCGCAACCGCGUGUCGUCGCGCGAAACUGCGGCUACUAUUCUGAUCUAAUCAAUAUCAAUACGCGUUUGGGAUCGCGAUCGAGAUUAUUAUUAGGUGACACUUCGCGUGAUCUCUAUACUCGUUCAUUUAAAAAAGAGAAAAAGAAGAAGUAAAAAGAAAGAAAAAGAAAAAGAAAAAAGAAAAAAAAAUAGAAAAGAAAAAAGAAAGAACAAAACAAAAAAAAAAGAAACAAUAGAACAAAUAAGAGAAAAUAUUUUUGAACAAAUUUAAUUCACGUCGUGUCAAGUGUCGUGUAUAAUUAUAUGUACAUAUAUAUAUAUAUAUAUUUUUUUUUUCUUUACUUUCUCUUCCUUCGGAUCCUUUCGUAUUUUCUUCCCUUAUAUUCUUCUCCAUUUCUUUCGUUAUUUCUCUCUCUCUCUCUCUCUCUCUCUCUCUCUCUCUCUUUCUCUCUCUUUUUCUUCCCCUCCUCUUCCACCACCACUGCCAUUGCCAUCACCGUCACCACUACCCCGCUCCUCCCCCAUCGAUUCUGGAAUAUUUGAAAAGGAAGAAGCGAGACAAGGCAUCGAUUAGAUAGAAUUCUAUCCGGAGAGAAAAAACGUAAGAUCCAGUUGGCCAUUGUGAGCACGCGGGAAAAACGUCCCGGUAUCCCGGUGGCUACGUACAUACCUCGAUUAAAUACAGGGGUUGCACUCUCGAGUGCCUCACCGUGGACGCCAACGCGGUAUGCGGUUACGUGUUUUCGUCCUAGCCUGUCUCCUAAUCAAGGGGCUGGCUCGAACAGAGGAGGUGGAAGUAGUCGAGGCGAUUCCAGGCGAGGAAAAGAGAAACGAGAAUUCUGCGUUAAAUCGGCAGGACAACGACAUCAAUAGUUCCGACCAGCUGGCACUUGAGUCAUUGGGAGAAAAGGAUGGGGCUGGAAGUCACUACAAAUCUGGUGGUCUCCGAGGUAAUCCACUUGUUUUGCCACCAGGUCGAGGUGGAAUUGGGAUUGGUCAUUCACGACCUCAUCACAAUGUCGCUUAUCACGGCCCACCACCACCAUUGCCAGCGCACAAGACCCAAGCCGAGGCUAUGGAUAAGAUUUAUACGACCGGUGGAGGUGGUGUUAGCACCGCGGUAGGUGCUGAACCAUGGCCCGCACCAACGCCAGACAUGCCAAAGAUCGUAUCGCUCGACGUAAAGUGCGAGAAAAAUUUAAUGAAGGUCUAUCUUGGCUUUGACAAGCCUUUCUAUGGUAUAGUUUUCAGUAAGGGACACUAUAGCAACGUUAACUGCGUUCAUUUACCUGCUGGACUCGGUCGUACAUCUGUUAACUUUGAAAUAAGCGUACACGCUUGUGGUACCGCUGGCAAUACCGAAAAUGGUCUUUACGGAUAUGGCGCUGGAUCAGGGACCUACUUCGAAAACAUCAUUGUCAUACAAUACGAUCCGCAGGUACAAGAAGUAUGGGACCAAGCACGGAAAUUACGAUGCACUUGGCACGAUCUAUAUGAGAAAUCGGUUACCUUUCGACCAUUUCCGGUCGACAUGUUGGACGUUGUACGUGCGGAUUUUGCUGGGGAUAAUGUUGGCUGUUGGAUGCAGAUACAAGUUGGUAAAGGUCCUUGGGCUUCUGAAGUAUCUGGCUUGGUUAAGAUUGGACAAACUAUGACGAUGGUAUUGGCGAUCAAAGACGAUGAUUCUAAGUUCGACAUGCUAGUAAGAAACUGUAUGGCACACGAUGGUAAACGAGCACCGAUACAGCUUGUUGAUCAAAGAGGUUGCAUAACCAGACCUAAAUUAAUGUCGAGAUUCACCAAGAUCAAGAACUUUGGUGCAUCAGCUUCUGUAUUAUCUUAUGCGCACUUUCAAGCGUUCAAGUUUCCAGAUUCAAUGGAGGUUCACUUUCAGUGUACCAUUCAAAUAUGUAGAUAUCAUUGUCCGGAACAAUGUUCUGAAUCUUCACCGUUACUCGAACCACAAGGACCUGGAUUAUUCGAGAAUCAUCAUCAUCAUCAAUCGAAUGGACCACCUGAUGCUGGAUACGGUUUACCACCUCCUUUACCUAUACCUUUGGAAGCAUACUUGCAAGCAGCUGCUGGUAGACCGAGAGACGAAAGACGAAGAAAAUCUAGGGAAAUUGUAGCGACUCCUGAAAAAUCUGUAGGUGUCAAUAGAAUUAUAAGAGUCGUAUCGACCGGUGAUCUUACAUUUUCCAUCGAUGAGAACAACGGAGACUUGAAUGGUCCAACAAUGGUUUUUCCUCAAAAGAGCGAAACCACGGCGGGCUCGACAAUGAUCUGCAUGACUACACCUGGAUUUGCUGUGACCCUCGUCGUACUACUUGCGGUAUUACUUUGCUCCUGUAUACUUUCUACUUAUCUCUGCAUACGCCUAAGACCAUUCUCCGGUAAAUCUAGAAAAUCGGUUACGUAUUGCAGCAGAGAACAGAACGGUGCAUCUAAAAAAUCGUCGAGGAUGUGCUUCUACUCCUAGUGUAUCUUCUUCUUGAACGUUCUUAGAAGAAACUAUCUUUUUAACAUUUGGCGAACUAUUGGGACUGAGAAGAUAAUUAAUUGUUUCUUCUUUUUUUUUUUUUUUUUAACUUUUGUGCCUUUAAUCAAUUUAGUAUAAUUGUUGCAAAUGCGAGUUACCGAAACUUCAUAUACCGAAAUACGAAGCUAUCGAUGAAAUAAUAAAAAUUAUCGGACAUCUGGCACAUUGUUUCUUAAGAUUUCGCCACAAGUACGAUCAUUUUUAUUAGAGAUAAUGAUCCUUCAGGAUGAUCUUUAUUUGAUAACUUUAUUGUGUUUCUCAAGAUUAUUAUUCUUCCUUUCCCAUAUUAAUUUGCCAAUUUUUCCCCAGAGGCUAUCGCUUUUCGUAAGCACGGUUUCAUAUAACACACUUAGUCAUUAUAAAUUAAAAACAAUUAAAAUGUUUUUAAUUUAAAAACAUCAUUAUUCUAUAUCUUGCAUUCAUUAACGAAGAAUAUAUAUAUAUAUAUAUAUAUGAAGCUGUGCUUCGUUAACAAGAAGAAAUAUCGAAGGGCGACGACGUAAAAGUGCCGAAAUACUUAGUCAAAGAUAAUCAAACUUAAUUUUGCGUUGUUUAUCCGUUUCACACCUAUUCGUUUUAAUUUCGUUUUAACCUAUUAUAAUAAUCUCAUAUGCGAUUUAUUUGGUAUUUGGGUUACGUCUUCUUUUUAAUCAUUUAAUUUAAGUGACAUUCUCAUUAACGAUAUGGAUAAGAAAAGAAAAGAAAAAAAAAAAGAAAGAAAGAAGAAGAAAAAAAAAAAGAAAUAAGGAAAUCAAUUCUACUUGCAAUCUCGUUGUGUUGUGAAAAAAAUCUUGAAAUAUUUUCAAGCAUAGACGGUGCCAAUAAAUUAUUUUUGUUUAUAUAUAUAUAUAUAUUAUUUAUAUAUAUAUAUAUAUAUAUAUAUAUAUAUAUAUCAAUAAUAAUUUACAACGUAAUGUAAGCAAAGUAAUCGAAAUUGAACUACUAUUCAUGUACAAGAUGACGAAAAAAUAAAACUGUAAAAUUAAGGUGAAGUGGAACG